UUCUGGACUCUUCUCUUCUCGUCUCAGUUUCAAGUUUUAACUCAUCUCUUCGCUCACUCCCAUGAAAAUCUCGCCUUUCAAAUUCAACAAAGAAGCAAUUUCUCGUUUUAAUAACUAAAAGCAUUUCAUUAUUUUUAAUUCUAAAACCCUAGAUCUUCAAAACCCUCCCUCGCUCCCAACACUACAUCGUAAUGUCCGGUUUCAGAGGGAAUUCCAACGCCCGCGGUGUCCGAGGCGAGAACCGCUUCUACAAUCCUCCGCAUAUUCGGAAACAACAGGAAGAAGAACGGAGACUAGAGCGAGAACGUCAGCAUAACAAAUUGAGUGAGGCACCGGUUAUGGUGGGGUCGGAUGAAUGUGAAUCGUCGCCUUAUUGUGCAAGUGAAUUGACGAAUUUGGAUCGGUUUUUGGAGUACACUACUCCUGUGGUGCCAGCGCAGCAUCUGCCUAAGACAAGUUUAAGGAGAUGGGGAAACCAUGAAACUGAAUGUUAUCCAUACUUCGUGCUUGGUGAUUUAUGGGAAUCAUUUAAGGAAUGGAGUGCAUAUGGAGCAGGUGUUCCUCUUUUGUUGGAUGGGAAUGAAUCCGUCAAGCAGUACUAUGUUCCUUACCUGUCUGCGAUUCAACUCUAUACAGAUCCAUCAAGACCCUUGACAACGCAGAGGAGGCCUGGUGAGGAGAGUGAUGCCGAUACUUCCAGGGAGACAAGCAGUGAUGGUAGCAGUGACUACGUGGUAGAGAGGCAAAUUGAUGAUUUUGUUCAGGGGACUUGGAGCCAGCAGAAUACAGCAGAUGAAAACAUCCAGAAGUUAAAUAGGCUCUCACUGAGAGACAAAACCUUGAACGGUUCUUCAAGUGAUGAAAGUGACAUUCGUAACACUCCCAGCAAGCUUAUAUUUGAAUAUUUGGAGCAUGAUACCCCAUUUAGUCGUGAACCUUUGGCUGACAAGAUCUCAGUUCUUGCAUCUAGAUUCCCAGAACUUAGGACAUACAGGAGCUGUGAUCUCUUAUCAACAAGUUGGAUAUCUGUGGCAUGGUAUCCAAUAUAUAGAAUACCUAUGGGUCCAACAUUACAAAAUCUUGAUGCCUGCUUUCUGACCUUCCAUUCCUUGUCAACACCAUUUCAAAGUACCAGCUCUGAUGGGUUGUGCUUCCCUAAAUCUACUACCAAGGAGGUGCUCAGGGCUGACAUGUCCUUCAAGCUGCCAUUGCCUACUUUUGGGCUUGCUUCAUACAAGUUCAAAGUUCCAUUCUGGGACCAUAAUGGAGUUUAUGAGUCUCAGAAAGCGAAUUCUCGGUUGCGAGCUGCUGACAGGUGGCUAAAGCUUUUACAAGUCAAGCAUCCUGAUUACAUCUUCUUUAUAUCCCACAACUCCUACUACAGGUGAGGAAGUGUUACCUUUAACAACUCAAAAAUUUUUAUUGCUAAAAGGGAGUUGACAUGUCGAGAACUACUAAGCCCCCAAAGUGCCUCCCAGGAGCUCUGUUGGUAUUUAUACUUUUUGGAGCAUAAACAUUCUUAGUGUUUGCCAUAUUCACUAUGGUACUUUGUGUUAAGAAAAUUGCCUCAGCGUGGUAUGUUUUUGGUGUUUGUGGGGUAAGGAGGAUGAUCUGUUUUAUGUGAGAAACUCGUCCUAGAUAGAUGCUGUGGACAUGGAUAUAUUUUUCAAAGAGAACUUUCUGAUAAUAAUCCAUGCUAGAUUCUUAUCAUGUGAAUCGUCUAGACUGGGCUUUUGCGGGCAGAAAAUAACUUUAUAAUAAGGAUGUAAGAUUGUGUAAUUUUUUGUAUAUAGACAGGCCUUGCACCCGAGUUUGUGUAGAAUACUUUGUACUAACUUUUUACCAAGAAUUUGAUCUUUUAUAAAGCUCUCUGAUGACCUUAAUAUGA